AUGCAUACUAAACUUACUCGGUGUUGUACUUGCGGUCGUGCUUGUGCUCGUGCUUGUGCUAGUGCUAGUGCUUGUACUCGUGCUCGUGCUUGUGCUAGUGCUCGUGCUCGUGCUUGUGCUAGUGCUAGUGCUUGUGCUCGUGCUUGUGCUAGUGCUCGUGCUAGUGCUCGUGCUUGUGCUUGUGCUUGUGGUGGAGCUGGUAGAAGUCGUAUCAGAAGUUGA